CAAAGUUAUUAAGACAAAAUUAACGCGAACAAAAUAUAUUUGUGAUAUGAUCCUGAAUCUCUUUAAAAAAAAAACAUGAAAUGUGUUUUCUUUAGAGUUUGAUAGAUGGUUGUAUCUUUUUUUUUGACAACUGGCACGAAUCAAAACACUUCGAAGCUGCGCUCUUUAACCUAAAUUUCAAACGCGAAUCACAUCGAGAAGAAAGAAUUUAAUUUACUGAAUUGUGAAAUUAUAAUUAUGACGUGACACAUCGCAAUUAUGAAUUCCUGGUUUUUUCAUUCCCUUAAAGCAUUUUAAUUGGUGGUUUAUAAUAAUGAUCGAUUUAAUAAUAUUUUUUCAUUUAGGAGUAUGUAAAUAUAACAAUUGUAUAGAGAGAGAACUGUCAAUGCACAUACAGAGUUUUUAGAUCAUUGUUGAAAUAUAUAAUAAAAUUUGUUGAAAUAUAUUUUGUUUAUAACACAAGGUAGAAAGAUAAAGUAACAGUCAUCGCAAUGUUUACAUGGACAGUAUUAUUUGUGAUCAUUAGCAACAUAUUGACAACAUCUCUUGAAGAUAUGUCAUUGAGUAAAGAACAAGAUGUUUUUGCAAAUGUAUUUGCUGCAUGUGGCAGCUUUACAAAUACACUGUAUAAGAGUUUACCAAUGACUGAUGGCAAUGUUAUAACUUCCCCGUUAAGCUUACAUAUGAUAUUGUCUCUGCUUGUCAAUGGAGCUGAUGGGACUACAUUGGAUGAAUUGAUGUCUGUUCUUCAUCAUAAAGAUACAUCUUCUGUGAACAAUGAGUUUAAAGCCCUAAUUCCUUUGUUGAAUAACAUUGAAAACCUUGAGCUGCACAUAGCAAACACAGCAUAUAUUCAAGAUAAUUUCGAAUUAGUGGCUGACUUUUUAUCAAUAUGUACAAAUGUCUUUGAAUCCUCAAUUUCAAGAGUGAACUUCAAGGAUACUAUACAUGCCGCAGAAACUAUCAAUUCUUGGGUCGAAGAAGCAACGAAUAAAAAGAUAUCAGAUGUAAUCUCUGCAGAUGAUAUUGAUGAUGACACAAGAGUAGUGUUGGUAAAUGCUAUUUACUUUAAAAGUAAAUGGCAGAAACCAUUCGAUCCGACGCUGACACAAAAUCGCAAAUUUCACAUUUCCAAAUCAGAAGCAAAUCUUGUCCCGAUGAUGUUCCAGAAGUCAAGAUAUGUUAUUGGCAAGAUACAAGCUUGGCACACGAAAUUUAUCCAAAUCCCGUACUUGAAUAAAGAUAUCGUGAUGACAAUAUUGUUACCUGAUAAAGAUGUGGAGCUGCAGAGCUUAGAGAAUAAUUUUGAAUGGAAGACAUUAGCGGAGGCACCCAGUUCUAUUGAAGAUGUCGAAUUGUAUCUACCAAAAUUUAAAUUCGAGCUUACCUUGAAACUGGAAGAACCUCUACGCAAGGUUGGUUUGAAGACGAUGUUUGAAAAGAGCGCGGACUUUGGACGUCUAUCAAAAAUUCCUUUAAAAGUGGGUAAUGUGCUGCAGAAGGUCUUCAUAGAAGUUAAUGAGGAAGGCUCGGAGGCCGCUGCUGCAACAGUUGUACAGAUAAGGAUGAAAAGGAUGGUGCUUGUAACGGAGGAAUUUGUAGUAGAUCAUCCAUUCAUGUUCGCUAUCCAGCAUCAGCCAAGUAAAAUGCCUUUGUUUUUGGGAAGUGUACGAAAGAUAGAAUCUUCUCAAGAGAAAGAUGAACUAUAAAUUUUAUUUUUCUAAUUUGGUCACAAUUUGUAAAAAAUUCUGAGGAAUAAAUAAUAUAAACUAUUUGCUAAUCAACAUGUU